ACACGAACAAAAAAACAAUAAAAAAAAACAAAACAUUUUAAUAAUCAACUUUAAGAAUUAUACUAAUUGCCAAGCUACACACAAAGUUUUGCAAGACGUACAUAUCACUUGUCCAAAAAUUGGACAAUAAACCAAAUGCAAACACAAACGAAGCGAAACACAUUUUAAUAAUGUAGCAGAUGCUGUUGUUGGCAAGUGGUAUUGGAAUAACAAUAAAUUAGCUGCUGGUGGUUUUUGGCUGGUUAACAAGUACCCCUCGCUCGCCUGCAGGGAGCCGUUUGCCGCCGACAAUAGAAGCGGACGAUCUAGCGGACAGAUCACAGAUAUAGAACUCGCCUCGUCGAGCUCAUUGUUCGGCGAAUUGUGACUGUGACACCGUUUUUGUUUUUUUUGGGCAGGCAACGAGCAUAUUGUGUGUGCCCGGCUGUAGCUAAAAAUGGAGUGGACCAGAGAGAAGACGCUGCUGCUGAUCGGCGAGUAUCGACAGCGACGCGGACUGUGGGACAUGACAUGCGACGAGUAUCGCAAGAAGGAUGUCAAACAGCGGCUGUUGAACGAGGUUAGCGACGUGCUCGGUGGCAAUAUACCCAUACCGGAAUUGGAGAAGAAAUUUCACACACUUCGCACACAAUAUCAUCGCGAGAUCAAUCGGAUGAAACGAAAGGAACCCUACAAUUCAAAGUGGUUUGGUUUCAAGAAUCUCAACUUUUUAAGUUCACCCUAUGCGUGUCGCUCGACAAAGGGACGCUUGAAAGCCGAACUGCAAACGCCGGAAAACGCCACAGUUCAAAAAUAUCCAUUGGGAGAGGUGAAUGCAACGGACAGCAAUAAUAUGAAUGAGGAGUAUAUAAUAACGCCGCGCAAAUCGCAUGCGAGCAGCGCUCAGGAGCUGGAGAAGCUCAUCGAGGAGACGACCAAAGAUGCCGAUGAUAUUGAUGAGGAGGAGCCCGGCGACGUAGACGAUGAUGUCGAUACAAAGCCCAAACUACGUAAGGAACUCGCGGGCGGGACAUAUGUGCACAUGAACGAAGAGGACACCGAGUCUCUCGAGACGCACACACAUCAGCAGCACCACCACCACAAUCAGCAGCAACAACAGCAGCAGCAGCAUCAUUCCCAGUCCCUGAUGGAGCUGCAUCACACAUCAAAUGCCGUUGAGGCGGUUAGUUUUCAGGCAAGCGAAAGUGGAGAAUUGCAUUAUCAAUCGUCUGGCGCUGGCAAUGCUGGUGGUGGUGGCGCGAGCAGUAGCAGCUCAUCGGUGCAUGUGAUGCCCACGCGCAUUAUAAAGAUCCAGCGACGCGAUACAACUGGCCAGCCGGAAAAUGGUUACUUCGAUGAGGCAACUACGCCACAGCAUCAGCAUCAGCUGCAUCCACCGGCGCCCAAGCGUAUUUAUUUCGAUCCAAAUGGCAGUCACAGCACCACCAUACUCUCUGCCUCCACGCUGGCGGCGGCCACACAAAAUGGCAAUGCCAGCAAUGUGCUGACCAGUUCCGGUACCACAGUUACGGCGGGCACAUUACGCCUGCCACGUGUCAAUGCCAUAGUCAACUCGACGUCAACACUGUCGCCGCCAAAGCCGGCCAGUUCACCGAUACCACCUGCGCCGGCAAUCUCCGGCACGCUGCGCGAUGAGUUCUCCACAUACGGAGAGUAUGUGGCCAAUGAGAUGCGUGCCAUUGGCAAUCGAGAGGUGCUCAUCGCACUCAAGCACAAAAUCAAUACGGCCAUCUUUGAGGCGAAUAUGGCCGAGUUACAGAAGUGAACAGAAAAAUUAUUUCAAAUCACAAUCAACAUAAUUA